CAGAGGCAUAGCCUAUGCUUCCACACACCUGGAAGUCAGUCUGUGCUGCCUGCCGUACAGCAGGCAGCCUUCGUGUUGAGGGUGAUGAGUUUUGUGUGGCAGAGCUUGGGACCCAGCAGGAGAGGGCCGCUCACAAGCACAGCAUUGUCUAGAGCCUGGUGUCUCAGCCUUAGAACUGCUUGGGGAAACUCUUGGAAAACUUAGUCCAAGGUAAAGGGAAUUCUUUUUAAAAAGGGAGUAUUGGGCCCAUGCAUGCAUUUCAGACUAUGGAGAAUCCUUAUAAGCGCUGUCUGUAGGGUCAUGACUUUUCUGGAUCCAGAUAACGUGGGUUUUUGUUGCACUGCUUGUGUUUGUGCAGUACCAGGUCUCAUGUAGCCCUGGUUGGCUGGGAACGAGAGAUGUGCUUGCCUCUGAAGCGCGGGACUAAGUGACGGUGCACUGCUCACUUCUAAAUAACUGAACAUCAUGGCAGGCUGCAGCGAGGGACCUCCUAGGCGGUGAAGGAGGGCGGGCAAGACAUCAAGAGUGCACUGUCACCCACUGAUGGUGCUGUGCCAGAUGGCAGUCUCCAGGCCACACCCUGAGAGAGUGAGGCUGUGAGGUUCACUCAGAUACUGUGGAGUAGGAAGUAGAAUGCCUGAAAGUUUUGCCCUGAAGGGAAAUACUGAUCUGGGUACCUGCCAGGGGUCUGAGAGCCGAUAGGCCUGAUUCUUGCUUCUGUUUGCUUAUGCAUCAGUGCCCACAAAGGGACUAAGUUUAGAUUCCAGUCAGAGGGUGCCUUGUAUUUCUGUCCUUCCAGCUGUCUUUAUGAAUGGCAUCUCUCAGCAGCUAUUACAGAAAAAAAAUUUUUUUGUUCAAGCUAAAAAUAACCUGUUGAAAUUGUGAUAAUCCACUGACUCCACCUUAGAAUGUGUUGUGCUCAGUUCAAAGCAUGCUCACAUGUCUAUGUCCAGCCUCCCAGGAAAGAUGGGGGCUGGAGCCGGGGCCAGCAUUUCCAGCAGUAGCUUGGACACCUCUUAGAGGAAAACAGAGGUUACUUAGUCAGUCUGCUUUGGCUUACAGCUUCAGAAAUGGGAAAAGAGUCCAGUCUGUCAGGACAGAGGAUGGCAUGCCACCAGGAAGGGCUGAGGUCUGGCCAGCUGUGCAGCCAAGGGUGACUACAGACUACUCUCUACUGGCAAAAUGGGGUCUGAGGGAGACUGCAGGGGAGGACCAUGAAAGGUUGUCCCUGCCCUGGGUGCCAGGCCUUGCCUGACCUAAAGACAGACGGACAGUUUUGCUCUGAUGUGCAUGCGGUGCACACCCAUGUCCAUGAAGGCUCUAAUGGGGCUGGCUGCUUUGAAGAAGUAAGUGAAAGCAGAGGUGGCAAAGACCCUGUAUGUAAACCCUCCCUUUGCCUGGUUCCACCUCUGGCAAGGGCAGGCGGCUUUCACCCACAGCCCAGAAUGUGCUGCCAGUGUGGCACUGUGUAAAGUAAUGUCAGUGCCUGGAAGCCAGGUCAGGGCGCACCAAGCCCUCUCUAGAAAGCAUUUCUAAAUAUUGUUAUUUGUAUGAGCAUCUGCCCAUGUAUGUGUGUGGACCUCCUGCGUACCUGGUACUCACAGAGGACAGAAGAGAGUGUUGGACCCUAUGGAGCUGGAGGUACAAACGGUUGUGAGCCAGCAUGGGAGUGCAGGGAACCAAACCCGAGGCCUCUGCAAGAGAAGCAUGUGCUCUUUGCCAUUGAGCACUCGCUCUGACCCCUGGACGUGGUAUUAAAUUUGAAUUUAUACCUGAAGUGUACUGAGAGAACUCUUGUAGUAUUCAGGUCGUACUGAGAACCAUGUCUGUCGGUGCCUGGAUAUCUAGAGGAGCCUGAGAGGAUGCUCAGGAAAAGUGGGAGCACACUUUACUUGCAUACUUGAACACAGACUACAUACCACAUGCUUAACAUCACACGCAUGUACUUACAUCACACAUUCCUGCAUGCUUACAUACCAUUUAUAUGUAUAUUCACAUAGGCCAUGUUGUCACGAAUACCAUAGUUUUGUAGACAACUCUUGAGUCUUCAGGAAGGUAACUUUAGAAAGUGCUCUGUAAGCCACCAGUCCUUGUGACGACCUCAGGAAGACAGUACCUGUGUCCAGCCAGGGUGGACGGUGACCAACCCGCUGCUGACUGGCUAUGGUGGCUAAACCGGGCCUUCUCAGCUGGGUUGACUCAUUAAGCUGACAGGUCACAAACCCUCCCCUUUAGUCCUGCAUGUAAAUGAAGACACCGUUGUGUAUCAUCCCUUAGACUGUGUCUUGCAAACAUCUAUUGGGUAUCACCAUCAUUCCAGGAAACGAGGCUUAGCAAAGGCCCAUGGGCUGGGACUGAUCAGGUAAGGAACUUCUUUCAGGAGGCCAGAGGCAGAAGGCUAGACCAGUCACAUCUGUAAGGCCCAGGAAUCCCAGGAGUGGUCUAGCCUGAGUGUAGUGGGAUUUUCAGGGAGCUGAGGAUGGGAGAGGCCUCUUAGGGUUGGGGCAGGCCUGACUGUCCCAGGUCAAUCUAGUGUUGCAUUGAUAUACUGAACUGCAUGUCAGGGGUUCUGUACACUGGAUAAACCUUUGAUUCCCUGACAACUGAUGGCGCUCCUACCACUACAACCCUUGCGACAUCCCUUCUAGGAUGGACUUACUGCCACUACUUACCUCCUGUAGCAGAGAAGAGAGCUAUGGCAGGUGGCCCAAUCUGGGCAGGAGGCUUCAUGGCAGAUAAGGACUUGAGGUUAACGUGUAUGUGCUGGGAAAGACCUUCCUGCUCUUGGCGAGGGAGCUUUGCAUCAACGCACCAGCUAUAGACCCAUGCUUGUACAUUCCACGAUUUGCGCAUCUACUGGAAUUUGGGGAGAAGAACCAUGAGGUAUCCAUGACGGCCCUGAGGCUUCUGCAGAGGAUGAAAAGGGAUUGGAUGCACACAGGCCGGCGCCCCUCUGGCCUCUGUGGAGCAGCACUUCUGGUUGCAGCCAGAAUGCAUGACUUCCGGAGAACCGUCAAAGAAGUCAUCAGCGUGGUCAAAGUAUGUGAGUCCACAUUGCGGAAGAGGCUCACAGAAUUUGAAGACACUCCAACCAGUCAGCUCACUAUUGACGAGUUUAUGAAGAUUGACCUGGAGGAGGAGUGUGACCCGCCCUCAUACACCGCUGGACAGAGGAAGCUGCGCAUGAAGCAGCUGGAACAGGUCCUGUCCAAAAAGCUAGAAGAAGUUGAAGGUGAGAUAUCCACUUACCAAGAUGCCAUUGAAAUUGAGCUAGAAAACAGUCGGCCAAAGGCUAAAGGGGCUCUCGCCAACUUGUCAAAGGAUGGCUCCGGUGAGGACGCCACAUCCAGCCCGUUCUGUGAGGAAGACACUGAGGAUGAGGAGCUCGAGGCUGCUGCCAGCCACAUGAACAAGGACUUUUACCGAGAGCUCCUGGGGGCUGAUGGCGGCUCGGAGGCAGCAGAAGACGCUGAUGGGGGCAGCAGACCCCUCGCCCUGGAGUCCCUGCUUGGUCCCCUGCCCACAGCAGCCAGCCUGGGUAUCUCAGACUCCAUCCGAGAGUGCAUCUCCUCCCCCAGUGGAGACCCCAAAGACUCUUCAGGGGAUGGGGAGCUGGACCUCAGCGGCAUCGAUGACCUUGAGAUUGACAGAUACAUCCUGAACGAGUCAGAAGCCCGGGUAAAGGCUGAGUUGUGGAUGCGGGAGAAUGCUGAGUACCUGCGGGAACAGAAAGAGAAAGAAGCAAGAAUAGCGAAGGAGAAGGAGCUUGGCAUCUAUAAGGAGCACAAGCCCAAGAAGUCUUGCAAACGCCGGGAGCCAAUCCUAGCCAGCACAGCCGGGGAGGCCAUUGAGAAGAUGCUGGAACAGAAGAAAAUCUCCAGCAAGAUCAACUACAGUGUGCUGCGGGACCUUAACAGCAAGGGUGGGGGCAGCCCGCCCAGGGACGACUCACAGCCUCCAGAGCACACCAGCACCAAGAAGCUGUCACGGAGGAAAAGAGCAGCUACCAGGAACAGUGCUGAUCCUGGGACAAGCAUGGGGAAGAGGUUGAGGCCUUUGGUGUCUGCUCAGCCCGCUAAGAAGGCAGCUGUGGGAGAGGCCUUGCUCUUAAAUUCCCCUGCCUUGGGAGCUGAGCCUGUCAAGCCAUCGGCAGUCUUGGUGGAGAGUGGCCCUGUGUCAUACCAUCCUGAGGAGGAUGCAGAUGAGGAGGACGCCGAGGAAGAGGAUGGAGAGCCCUGCGUCAGUGCUCUGCAGAUGAUGGGAGGCAAUGAUUAUGGCUGUGAUGGUGACGAGGAUGAUGGCUACUGAGUGGAACUCAAGACCAGGCAGCAUCCCGGUGCUGGACUCCAAGUGUAUCUGUUUAUAGGUGUCAGAUGGGCCUUGGGCCACGGCUCACAGGCAUGAUUUCUGAGACUCGACCAGUCAAGCACUGCCCCACUUAUUUGAAGCUCUCUUCCCAUGGCCGCACUGUGGACCAUUGUACUUACUAUUGGGAAUCAUGUUUUGAGCAAUGCAAGGGAUAUUUUUUGCCCUGCAAGGGAAACGAGCUGUGUGUUAUGUGUAAUGAAACAUGGUCAGAGAGUAGCCGGGUCUGGAACCACGUCAUGCCUCACCUACUAGUCACUGUUUACCAGGGAUCCUCAGGCAGACCCUGUGCCCUCUAGUCAUAGGGAGAUUGAAGCACAAGAGCCUCAGUGUAGAAGAGCCCUGCUCUGAACCUGCUGUUUGUUCUCUGCCCUGUCCUUGCCUGAGACGUGUCAGUCAUUGCUCUAUACUAGGCCACCACAGUCUGCAGUCUCUGCCUUUAACCUCAACACCAGCUUCCUGCGGGCAGGAUGCUCCCCACCAUUCCAGUGUCCACUCCCUGUCUUGGACCACCAGGAGCAUCGUAGGCCUCAGCCUCCUGCCUAGGACUCGUCCUUGAGGCACCCAGUAGCUUGUUAGUCAGAUUUAUCUGCAGCACCCAGAAAGCGAAGACCAGCAGACCAUGUGCUCCAUCACUUAAAAUGGACCUUUCGUACUCCUGAACAGAACCCUCUGCAAAGAAGCCUGCAAGCUAUCUCCUGGCCUCUUCAUGAGAGGGCCCACAGAGUUCCCUCCGUUCAUUUAACUCCAGCCUCCCUGGAUGCAACCCUGGAUGCAGACUACUUGGCUUUCAGAUCAAGAGGUGGGGGCCAGGCUUGGGGUGAUGAGUUGGGGCAGCUACAGAUGAGGGAAUGAGUCGGACAGGUAGGAAGUGAUUUGAUGAAAGACUGCAAGAUGCUUUGGGACUCUAUGUCCCAAAGGGGAGUGUGGAACCAUGGUCAGAGCAUGGAAGGGAAAGUAUUUUAGGAUGUUUUUAUACAGCAAGACUUGCCUGUGUCGUGGAGAGAGUACAGAGUGAAGGGUGAGAAGAGGAGGACUGUGACCUGCUCCCUAGCUGUGUGUCUUGUCUGCCCAGGAGGAGAGCCCAGUGCUGGGAAAUGAGCAGGGGCCAGGAAGGCUGGAGUGCUCCUGUGAGGUAAUUGAGUUAGUUGCUCACUACCGUGGAUAGCAGGUAGCGGAUAGGAAAGCAGGAUAGGAUGGCUGUAGAAAGCUGAGGUGGAGGGCGGUGGACAGUACUGAGUGAGGAUGAUCCCUAGAAGAUAGGGAAGUAGCCAAGUCAGGGUGAGGGGUUGUCUUGAAAUGUGGGUCACAUGGUUGGAGACCCAGGUGCUGAGGAGGAUGGUCCCAGUAGGGGGCAGCCGUGAAGUGGGCAAGAUGCUUCUGAGCUGAGCUCACAGCCUUGUGUCUGAGCUACCAGCAGCACUAGUGUGAGGCUCAAAGAGGCACUGGGUCUGUAUGACCCCGCUGUGCUUGUAAUUAGUCCGUUUCUAUGCGCUUUUUUCUGACUGGGAUUAUCACAGCAGAAUCUGCCUGCCUGGGGUCUUCUCAGAGGGUAGAGCAGCAGAACCAGCCCUCACCACACUGGACCUUAGGAAAGGGAAGGAGGGGACGAGGGAGUCCACUGGAUCCUGCAUUUUAGACUGAGACCCUGUGUGGUAUGCACACUUGCAUGCUGAGCAGACAGGAUAGCACACUUCAGUCUCCUCUGCCUUCUGUCUUCCUGCCAGGGAGAGGGAGGUCCAGGGACACUACAUGCAGGAUGCACCAUCCAAGUUUCUUGCCAGCCAUCUAAACUGAGGAACCUAAUACUUAGUGGUUGCCACCAUCCUCUGCAAACUGGGUGAUCACUGGGGAAUACAGUAGCAGUCAGCAAGGUUCCUGAUAAACCUAGACAUUUGAGGCUUGGCAGAGUGUGUGCCUGGCUUUAGAGGUAACCAGGGGAUGCUUUCAGGAGCUGGACCACAGAAUGAGGUUAUAGCCAUGCAAGGCUGUCAGGCACUGUUUCCGCUUUAGCUGUUCCUCCUGAGCAAUUGUGCCCAUUGAGAAGCUUCUCCAGCCAACCCUGGGCCCCGGUUUUCUGAUUCAGGUGCUCUCUCCUGCCAUAUACUACGGGUGAAGUAAGCCCUUCCCUAUGCCUAGUUAGACUGCGGAGACCAAGGUUUGGCCAUGUCCUUCGCUCAGUACCUGUCGAGGACCCAGGGGACGGAUACACCUUGGCAGUGGGAGAGGAUACAUGGGAUGGGUAUGGGUCCAGCUGGGUAGAUGUUUGCCUGUUUGAAGUACCUGUCACCACGUUUAGCUAGAUGGCAGGUACCCUACAAGAAACUCCAGAGACCAAAGAAGCAGGGCCUCCAUGGGUGUUAAUGAGGGAGUAGAGUAGUGGGGUAUGUGCAUCUUAGAAUACCUGUUAGACCCAGCGUUUCUCUCUGGCCUCCCUUCUAAGAGGUAUAGAACAGGAGUUAAGUAAAGAACGGGGAUUGGAGGAGACUGGUGGGUACCCCCUGGAGGUUGCUUCUGCAUGAUGGAUAACCUGGGUUCUGAUUGCUCUCUUCUCAGCAGAGAGCAGUAGAUCUCUGAGUGCUCAGGUGUGCACGCCAGACAGGGUGCCAGCCUAGAAUGCAGGAUCCAAGGGUUUGAGACAGUAGCUGGACCUGGGUCUAGGGUGGUUUUGUGGGAGUCCUUCCAGUCUAGGGAGCCAAGCCUGGGCCAGCCCCUGGAAAGCCUGACUUCAGUGAAGAGAUGCAUCAGCUCCUAGACCCCACUGGAUUGCUGCGGUCAGAACUUGCUGCAGGCUACCACCCUGCAGGCCCGCAGCCCCUCCACAAUCCUUAUAAGCUCUGGGCCUACCCCAGCAUCUUAUCUCAGUCAGUGUAGAGGGGAGUUUCUGACUUCAUUUGCCCAAGCCUUGAGGUGGAACCCAAAUCUUGGGCCUUUUUUGGGCACAGAGGAAGCUUUAUGAUUCCUGGCACCAAACCCCUGCCUGGCUUUCCCCAGCCCAGCCAGUUUCUGUGGCUGCUGGGGUGGAUGGCACCAAGGAAGUCUGUACCCCAUGAGUGAGGGUGGCUGCACCGGAGUGUGGCGGCAUACAUGCAGUACAGGUUAGUGUUGCAUAUGCCUGUUGCGUUGUCUGUUGAGGGUGUCCCCACUUUUACCUGUUGGGGCUUCCUCCCUGUCCUCCUCCUCUGCACCUGAUACAAGCCUCCUCUGAAGCUUGUGUGGCCCUCAGCACCCAUAUCCGCAUCCUCCACGAGUGCAGGGGCCCAGCCAAGGGCAACAGGCUUACUCAAAAAAGCCUUGGAUAACCCUGCUGGGAGCACAUUGGAGGAGGUAGCCUGCUGCCUGAGGUCCUGGAAAUCUGCUUAUCCCUGUCAGGGCUGGGCUUUCACAUGACCUAUAAGGUUGUGUUCCCUGGAGGCAGGCAAGCAUGAGUUUAGUCACUCGUGAGAGAGUGUACACUUAAGACAGUGGCUGCCAGAGCCUCCCCUGGUGGUCUUGACCUAGGUGGAGUUUAAUAUUCAAUACCAUUGCUCUGUGAGUCAUAGACCAGAGCCCACAGCUAACAAGCCUUUAGCUUAUACUGCCUCAGGCCAGUAAACCCCACUGGGGGUGGGAGUGGCAGCUGGGCUGAAGUGGGUGGGGCACAGAGAAGUGGAGGAGAAGCCAGACACUGGGACUGAACCUCAGCAGUACAGGACUUACCGAUAGAUACAUCAGUUACAUGCAGCAAAUUGGUGUGCUUGGCACAAGCCUGAGUGAUUGACUUGGGCUGCACCCUCUGGUGGCUGCAUGCAGCACUGCUUUCUGAAGGACCUUGCUGGACAUACCUUGGGUGCUUCACUGCUUGGGUGGUACAGCAAAUUGGCCCCAUCACUGACCCCACUCCUACCCUGCAGUCUCAUAAAUAGGGGGUGCCCCUGAGCCAGCCAAGCUUAGUGAGAGGACUGGCAGAGAUGUGGGCUGGUACACAACUCCUGGAGCAACACAUCUUUAAGGCUCCUCUAGUCCUAGCUUUUUUUUUUUUUUUUUUUUUUUUUUGGGUUCUUUUUUUUUGGAGCUGGGGACCGAACCCAGGGCCUUGCGCUUCCUAGGCAAGCGCUCUACCACUGAGCUAAAUCCCCAACCCCUUUUUCUUUCUUUUUUUUUCCGGAGCUGAGGAUCGAACCCAGGGCCUUGCGCUUUCUAGGCAAGUGCUCUACCACUGAGCUAAAUCCCCAACCCCUUUUUCUUUCUUUUUUUUUCCGGAGCUGAGGAUCGAACCCAGGGCCUUGCGCUUUCUAGGCAAGUGCUCUACCACUGAGCUAAAUCCCCAACCCCUAGUCCUAGGUUCUUACCCUGCAGUCAGCAUCCUCUAACCCAGUGGUUCUCAAUCUGUGGGUCAGAACUAUGGGGUGAAAGAAAUGAACCUUUCACACAGGUCUCCUAAAACCAUCGGAAAAUGGAGAUGUUUACAAUUCAUAAUUAUAAAAUUUACAUUUACAAAAUUACACCAUUACAAAGUUACAGCUA